UAAAGUCAACGCCUCUCUCUUUCGCUCUCUCCCUCUCGCCCCCGCCCUCCCUUCUUGUCACCCCCACUUCUUCUUCUUUGCAGCUUCAUUUUCCAUUAUUUCUGUACCAGCUCAAUCAACUAUGAAGUUUUGAUGAACGCCCGCAAAAACAUAUCUUUUCUAAUUCUAUAAUUUUUUAAACUCUUUUCCUUUAAAAUUUGAAGAAAUGGGUAAUGGAAUCGGAAAAUUAAGCGUUUGCUUCACCUGCGCCGACGGCGGAGCUUAUGAAGCUCCGAGGAAGAGAGAUUUAGCUGCCGUGAUAUCUGACCCUUUAGAUGAUUUGGGUCAUUCUUUCUGCUAUGUUCGGCCCGAUCAGACCCGGUUAUCUUCUUCUAAGGUCCAUUCCGAGGAGACCACUACUUCAACCACGACGUUUAAGUCAAUCUCCGGUGCUUCCGUUAGUGCCAAUACCUCUACUCCGCUUUCGACCGCCUUCGUCGACUUCUAUACUUACAACAGCAUCGAUAGAGCCUCUGCCGCCGCCGCCUUCGAGAGCUCCACCUCCUUUGCUUCAAUCCCUCUUCAACCCAUCCCGCGAAAUUCAACUGGAUACUCCGGCCCGUUAUCGAGCUCUGGGCUUAUCCCGGGCUCUGGCCCGAUUGAAAGGGGAUUUUUGUCGGGCCCGAUAGAGAGGGGGUUCAUGUCGGGCCCUCUUGAUCGGGGGCUCUUUUCAGGUCCUCUUGAGAAGGGAUUCUCUGAUCAGUUCCAGAGAAGCUUCUCUCAUGGGGGUUUCGCGUUUCGGCCCAGAUCAAGAAAAGGCUCGCUGAUUCGGGCCCUGCAGAGAGCUUUGUCAAAGACAAUCAGUAGAGGUCAGAACUCAAUUGUUGCUCCAAUCAAGGGUGUUGUUUCAUUGAAAGAAAAUGAGUGGACUGUGGAUUCUGAAAAACAGAAUGAGUUGACCAUUAGCAGUGUUAAUUUGAGCAGUGAAGGUAGCUUAGAUGAUGAUGACUCAUCAGAAAGUCAGAAUCUUCAGUGGGCUCAAGGGAAAGCAGGGGAGGAUAGGGUUCAUGUAGUUGUUUCUGAGGAGCAUGGAUGGGUUUUUGUAGGGAUUUAUGACGGAUUUAAUGGCCCCGAUGCUCCGGAUUAUUUGUUAUCCAAUUUGUAUUCAGCUGUUCAUAAGGAGCUGAAGGGAUUGUUAUGGGAUGACAAGUUUGAUUCUUUAACUAAGAGUUACUCUGCCUCGGUUGAGACCUUGAAUUCAGGAAUGGAGGAUUUGAAUCAGAUUAGUAAGGAGGAGGUUUCACGGGAUAGGACUAAAGAUGGUUGUUCUAGAGGAGUAGAGCAGGAGAGUUAUCCGUGUGGAAACGGAGAAGUGACAUUUGAUUCACAAAUCAGUAAAAAGACUAGAAAAAGUUCGAAGGGUAAGUAUAGAGGGGCUGCCAAGAGAUGGGAGGAGAACCAGAGGAAGUGGAGGUGUGAAUUUGAUAAAGAGAGAUUGGAGCUAGACAGGAGGUUAAAAGAGCAAUUGAAUAAGAAUAGGUUGAAUGGAUCGGGGACAAUUAAUCAUUCAGAUGUGCUGAAAGCUCUCUCUCAAGCGCUGAAGAAAACGGAGGAGGCGUUUCUGGAUCUUGCUGAUAAGAUGGUUAUGGAGAACCCUGAGUUGGCAUUGAUGGGCUCUUGCGUCCUUGUGAUGUUAAUGAAGGGAGAUGACGUUUACGUAAUGAAUGUAGGUGAUAGUCGAGCAGUUUUAGCCCAGAAGAAAGAGCCUGAUCUAUGGAGCCAAGAUUUGGAGAGGAUCAAUGAAGAAACAUUGCAUGAUCUUGAGGUUGAUGGCGAUAUUUCAAAUACAGUACCAAGCUUAAGUGCUUUUCAACUCUCCAUGGAUCAUAGCACCUCGAUAGAAGAGGAAGUGCAAAGAAUUAGAAGUGAACACCUUGAUGAUGCUUGUUCUGUAAUGAAUGAUCGUGUAAAAGGUUCACUGAAGGUCACUCGAGCUUUUGGUGCUGGUUUCCUAAAGCAGCCAAAAUGGAAUGAUGCACUCCUAGAGAUGUUUAGAAUCGAUUAUAUUGGAACUUCCCCAUAUAUUAAUUGCCUCCCAUCACUCUACCACCACACAUUAGGGCCAAGAGACAAAUUUUUGGUUCUAUCUUCAGACGGCCUGUAUCAGUAUUUCACAAAUGAAGAGGCUGUCUCAGAAGUUGAACUUUUCAUCGCUUGGUCUCCAGAAGGGGAUCCUGCACAGCAUCUGGUUGAGGAAUUGCUAUUUCGAGCUGCAAAGAAAGCUGGGAUGGACUUUCAUGAACUGCUUGAAAUUCCACAAGGGGAUAGGCGCCGCUACCAUGAUGAUGUUUCAAUCAUUGUUAUUUCGCUGGAGGGGAGGAUAUGGAGAUCCUGUGUAUAGCAGCUAGGACCAUGACAAACAAAAUAGAGACAUUUGAAAAACCUUUUAAAAAAGAAAAAGAGAAAAAAACAAAAUCAGGCAUCCAAUUUUUGAUGUUCUUUUAUCCCUCAAGUCACCCGGUGACACAGAGUAUCAAUUAGGCUGUUGAAUCAGAUAGCCUUAGUUGUGCAAUGUAGUGAGUGGAUUGUAAAGGUCAGGUGUACAAGUUGCUCCUUGUCGAUUAUAAACGGGCAUAUAAAAUUGUAUUUUCUUUUCCAAAUAAACGAUGUCCCACGAAGA